AUGGGCAGCGACCGGAGCGCGCCCAGGCGGCCAGGCUGGGCGGCGAGCCUCCUCGGUGGCUGGGAGGUGCCUCCACUGCUGCCGCUGCUGCUGGUGCUUCUGGGUUGCCUGGGCCGCGACGCAGCGGCGGAGGACGCAGAAGUCAACGCAGAGAACUGGCUGCGGCUCUAUGGCUACUUACCACAGCCCAGCCGCCACAUGUCUACCAUGCGCUCCGCCCAGAUCCUGGCCUCAGCCCUUGCUGAGAUGCAGCGCUUCUAUGGGAUCCCUGUCACCGGCGUGCUUGAUGAAGAGACCAAGGCGUGGAUGAAGCGGCCUCGCUGUGGGGUGCCGGACCAGUUUGGGGUGCGUGUGAAGGCCAACCUGCGGCGGCGGCGGAAGCGCUAUGCCCUCACCGGGAGGAAGUGGAACACCCACCACCUGACCUUCAGCAUCCAGAACUACACAGAGAAGCUGGGCUGGUACCACUCACUGGAGGCAGUGCGCAGGGCCUUCCGUGUGUGGGAGCAGGCCACGCCCCUGCUCUUCCAGGAGGUGCCCUAUGAGGACAUCCGGCUGCGGCGGCAGAAGGAGGCCGACAUCAUGGUACUCUUUGCCUCCGGCUUCCAUGGCGACAGCUCACCAUUUGAUGGCACGGGCGGCUUUCUGGCACAUGCCUAUUUCCCCGGCCCCGGCCUGGGCGGGGACACCCAUUUCGAUGCAGAUGAGCCCUGGACCUUCUCCAGCACUGACCUGCAUGGGAACAGCCUCUUCCUGGUGGCAGUGCAUGAGCUGGGCCACGCAUUGGGGCUGGAGCACUCGAGCAAUCCUAGCGCCAUCAUGGCGCCUUUCUACCAGUGGAUGGACACAGACAACUUCCAGCUGCCCGAGGACGACCUCCGGGGCAUCCAGCAGCUCUAUGGCACCCCAGAUGGUCAGCCACAGCCCACCCAGCCCCUCCCCACUGUGACACCCCGGCGGCCAGGCCGGCCAGACCACCGGCCCCCUCGGCCCCCACCCCCAGGAGGGAAGCCAGACCGGCCCCCAAAGCCAGCUCCCCCUGUCCAGCCCCGAGCUACGGAGCGGCCAGACCAGUACGGCCCCAACAUCUGUGACGGGGACUUUGACACGGUUGCCGUGCUGCGUGGGGAGAUGUUCGUGUUCAAGGGCCGCUGGUUCUGGCGGGUCCGGCACAACCGUGUCCUGGACAACUACCCCAUGCCCAUCGGGCACUUCUGGCGUGGCCUGCCUGGUGACAUCAGUGCUGCCUAUGAGCGCCAGGAUGGGCGUUUUGUCUUCUUCAAGGGUGACCGCUACUGGCUCUUCCGAGAAGCAAACCUGGAACCUGGCUAUCCCCAGCCGCUAACCAGCUAUGGGCUGGGCAUCCCCUACGACCGCAUCGACACGGCCAUCUGGUGGGAGCCCACGGGCCACACCUUCUUUUUCCAAGAGGACAGGUACUGGCGCUUCAAUGAGGAGACGCAGCAUGGAGACCCUGGCUACCCCAAGCCCAUCAGUGUUUGGCAGGGGAUCCCUGCCUCCCCCAAAGGGGCCUUCCUAAGCAACGAUGCAGCCUACACCUACUUCUACAAGGGCACCAAAUACUGGAAGUUUGACAAUGAGCGCCUGCGAAUGGAGCCCGGUUACCCCAAGUCCAUCCUGCGGGACUUCAUGGGCUGCCAAGAGCACGUGGAGCCCGGGCCCCGAUGGCCUGACGUGGCCCGCCCGCCCUUCAACCCCGAUGGGGGCGCAGAGCCUGGGGCAGGCGGUGACAGCGAGGAGAAGGCGGGGCCUGGCCCAGACGGUGGGGAGGAGGACUUUGAGACCGGGGAGGACGAGGACGGGGGCAGCCGCGUGGUGGUGCAGAUGGACGAGGUGGUGCGGACGGUGAACGUCGUGAUGGUGCUGGUGCCGCUGCUGCUGCUGCUCUGCAUCCUGGGCCUCACCUACGCGCUGGUGCAGAUGCAGCGCAAGGGCGCACCGCGCAUGCUCCUCUACUGCAAGCGCUCCCUGCAGGAGUGGGUCUGACUGUCCCCCCCGCCCGCCGCUUGCUCCUCAUGGUGCUAGGGGCCCGGCAUGGCGGAGCCUGUGGUUCUACAUGGCUCCACGGGUAGCCCAGCAGGAGCUCCUCUGGACCCUCAAAACAUCCCCCGCCAGCCCUGCCCCCAUUGUUUAUUUAUGCCCAGGUAUUUUUUUUUUUUUUUU